AUGGAUCCUCUGUCCAUCGCGACCUCUGUGGUCGGGUUAACGGCGACAUGCCUCACAACCUGCAAAAAGCUGUCCGACCUUGCUGGAAAUUACGAAGACGUGCCUGUAGUCAUCGCAGUGAUCUGUUCCGAGUCAACGCUUAUCAGUAUCGCCUUGUCUGAGCUACAGAUGAAGAUUCUUCGGCGAGAUGACCUCUCACAGGCUUGGGCUUCGCGAACCGACGUGCUGAUGGCCUUCGAGACGGCUCUCACUGGAUGCAUGGUUGUCUUUAGCUGCCUUGAGGCCGGGACUAGACAACUUCAAUCGCAGAAUUCGUCUAGUAUGGGAGACCGAUUGAAAGACCUCCUGAAUGCUCUCAGAGGACAGCAGACCUCAAUAGGCUUUCUGCUAAAGCUUCUCGAGACGGACGCUCUAUCAGAUAUCCAGCGAAGUCUUCGCGACAAUAGGUCCAGGAUCCAGGCUAGUGCAUCGCAAGCCCAAUCACUCCGGUCAAGAAACCCGAGCAUCAAGGUGGGGUGCGAGUCUAUCUUUGACAACGACACUGCCAAGCUUAGUCUCUUUGACAUCGAAGCCGUCUCAGCUGUCGCUCCCUCAGAGCUCGAUUUCGAAUUCGACGACUUGGUCCUGAAUAGCCAAGCGUAUCGACGAGCCUUUGCCAGAGCACAGGCAGACACCGAGCAGCCACAUAUACACGUCGUAGAAGGCGAUCUCAUUGACUUUUCAGAAGCUCAAUCUUCCAUUGACAACUCAGACGCCGCAACUAUUCGAGAGCUGAACCAAGACCUCCAAGGCUUGAGCAUGGGGGCAGAUCCAGAGACAUCUACCAGAGAGACAGCUCUACAACAACCACGACCACGGAGAAAUUCGUGGGAUGCACAAGAAGACAGCUUCAGCCUAAGAGAAAUAGAACACCCAGAGAACCCAGGGGUACAAUAUUCUCAAAAAUUGCCCCAAGAGAAACCCCACGCCAGAUAUUGUGAUAAGUGUUCUGAGCCCAUGCCCGGAAACUUUGUGAGGGCUCUAGAUGGAGUAUGGCAUAUCGACUGCUUCACGUGUGCUGAUUGCAAUCAACCUGUGGCCGCACACUUCUUUCCUCAUGAUGACAAUGAAACUCAGAAACCCCUAUGUGAGAGAGACUACCACCGGAGACUUGAUUUGCUGUGUUUCAAAUGCGACCAGGCUUUGAGAGAAAGCUACAUCUCGGCCUUGGAUCGAAAAUACCACAUUGACCACUUUCUGUGUGAUGACUGCGGUGUCAUCUUCAAGGCCAGCGACAGCUACUAUGAAUACAAGAACAAACUCGUCUGUGUGUGGGAUUAUUUGAAGGUUUACGCAUCGCGAUGCGAAGCCUGCAAGUUUCCAAUCCUAAAGCGAUUUGUGGACUCUACAGACUUCGAGGACGGCCCAUCUACAGUUUGGCAUCCAGAGUGCUAUAUGAUAAAGAAAGAAUUGGGCAUCGUCCUCUCACUAUCAUGCCGGGACCGCGAGUACCUCGAUUUGUUAGAUGAAUGGGUUGAACGAAAGGGCUCUGACAUAACCCUUUCUAAACUACCUGAUAUACAAGAGCAGCAUGAGGCUUUCCUAGUGGACCUCCAGGUGGCUACGUUGCAGUUUCUCGAUGUCUUCCAACAGACAGCCACAGCUGUCUUGGCGAGCAAGGAGCAUCUAGGCCAGGCAUUUGAGCACUGGAUUGCUGUCAUCGCCUUGACAGACCUCCUUUUCCGGCUCGUUUCCGAAGUGACAGAAGGGAUGCCUACUCACAAGCAUAUCAUCCGUUUCAGCGCUGCCCUGAAGAAAUACGCUAUCGGUUUUCAUCAAGGCACUGAUCCUCCGCCUGAUUCACUCUGUGAAGACCUAACCGCGGUAAUAAAGCAAAUUCUCAGGGCCGGGCUUGGAUCUAUCCUCGCGAACCAAGACCGCAGUAAGCUCAACAAAUUCAUAACAAAGUUGUCGGCAACAUCACCACCCGAACUCAACCUCCCCUACCAAGGCGAGCCGCCUAGUGGAACUGGUCAGGGUAUGUUGUGCGAAGGGUGCCAGGAGUAUGUCAAGGCGGACGCAUACACUGAGAUUUCGAUGCCCAAUCUGCGAUGGCAUCCUGAGUGCUGGGCGUGUGUCGCAUGCAAAGACCCUGGAAUCCUCAACCCGACCCCUAGCCGGAACACAGACGGGCACUUCCAGUGCUCAUCUCUGAAGUGUGGAUGGGCCGGUGUAGUGACUUACAUUCCAAGCUACUCUCAAAUAGUCUAUCUAAUGUGGCUGGCCUGGAAUGAGAUGGCUGGGCGCUGA